AUGAGCUUCGGGAGCCUAUUCGACGGCGGGGCCGGCGGCGGCGGCGGAGGGAUGCAGUUCCCGUUCUCCACCGGCUUCUCGUCCACGCCGGCCCUCUCCCUCGGUCUGGACAACGCCGGCGGCGGCAUGGUCGGCCGGAUGCUUCCCGGGAGCGGCGCCGCCGGGGACGGCGGCGGGAUGGCGAUGAGGGACGCCGACGCCGAGAACGACAGCCGCUCCGGGAGCGACCACCUGGACGCCAUGUCCGCCGGCGGCGCCGAGGACGACGACGACGCCGAGCCAGGCAACCCGCGCAAGCGCAAGAAGCGCUACCACCGCCACACGCCGCAGCAGAUCCAGAAGCUCGAAGCGCUGUUCAAGGAGUGUCCUCACCCGGACGAGAAGCAGCGCGGCGAGCUCAGCAAGCGGCUCGGCCUCGACCCGCGCCAGGUCAAGUUCUGGUUCCAAAACCGCCGCACGCAGAUGAAGACGCAACUGGAGCGGCACGAGAACGCGCUUCUCAAGCAGGAGAACGACAAGCUUCGCGCCGAGAACAUGGCGAUCCGGGAGGCCAUGCGCAGCCCGAUGUGCGGCAGCUGCGGGAGCCCCGCCAUGCUCGGGGAGGUGUCCCUGGAGGAGCAGCACCUGUGCAUCGAGAAUGCGCGGCUCAAGGACGAGCUCAGCCGCGUCUAUGCCCUCGCCACCAAGUUCCUCGGCAAGCCCAUGUCCAUCCUCUCGGGCGGGCCCAUGCUGCAGCCGAACCUGUCGCUGCCCAUGCCCAGCUCGUCGCUUGAGCUGGCGGUCGGCGGCGGCCUCCACGGCCUUGGAUCUAUCCCGUCUGCUGCUACCAUGCCUGGUUCCAUGGGCGACUUUGUUGGGGGUGUGUCUAGCCCAUUGGGCACGGUGAUCACGCCUGCAAGGACAACCGGAUCUGUCCCGCCUAUGGUGGGCAUCGACAGGUCCAUGCUGUUGGAGCUUGCGAUCAGCGCCAUGGAUGAACUAGUUAAGCUGGCACAGAUUGACGAGCCGUUGUGGCUUCCCAGCCUCAAUGGCUCUCCCAACAAGGAGUUGCUCAACUUUGAGGAGUAUGCCAACUCGUUCCUUCCGUGCGUCGGCAUGAAGCCUGUCGGCUAUGUGUCCGAGGCCUCUAGGGAGUCUGGCCUCGUCAUCAUCGACAACAGCCUUGCUCUUGUUGAGACCCUUAUGGACGAGAGACGGUGGUCGGACAUGUUCUCGUGCAUGAUCGCGAAGGCCACAGUUCUAGAGGAGGUGACAUCCGGCAUUGCAGGAAGUAGAAAUGGUGCGCUGCUGCUGAUGAAGGCUGAGCUACAGGUGCUCUCACCUUUAGUGCCCAUCAGGGAGGUCACAUUUCUCAGGUUUUGCAAGCAGCUGGCUGAGGGUGCAUGGGCAGUAGUGGACGUGUCCAUUGAUGGAUUGGUGAGAGAUCAGAACUCUGCAACAGCAUCCAACGCCGGAAAUAUAAGGUGCAGGAGGUUACCUUCUGGCUGUGUGAUGCAAGACACUCCCAAUGGCUACUGCAAGGUCACGUGGGUCGAGCAUACGGAAUACGAUGAGGCAUCAGUACACCAGCUCUAUAGACCACUUCUCCGGUCCGGGCUGGCCUUUGGGGCCAGGCGGUGGCUUGCAAUGCUGCAGCGCCAGUGUGAAUGCCUGGCCAUACUCAUGUCCCCUGAUACAGUUUCAGCAAAUGAAUCGUCAGUCAUAACCCAAGAGGGGAAGCGAAGCAUGCUGAAGCUAGCGCGGCGGAUGACGGAGAACUUCUGCGCUGGGGUCAGCGCGUCGUCUGCACGUGAAUGGAGCAAGCUGGACGGUGCGGCAGGCAGCAUCGGGGAGGAUGUGCGGGUCAUGGCACGGAAGAGCGUGGACGAGCCUGGGGAGCCACCGGGCGUGGUGCUCAGUGCGGCCACAUCGGUGUGGGUGCCCGUGGCUCCGGAGAAGCUGUUCAACUUCCUACGUGACGAGCAGCUGCGCGCAGAGUGGGACAUCCUCAGCAACGGAGGCCCCAUGCAGGAGAUGGCUAACAUUGCCAAGGGGCAGGAGCACGGAAACUCGGUGUCCCUCCUCAGAGCCAGUGCCAUGAGUGCCAACCAGAGCAGCAUGUUGAUCCUCCAGGAGACUUGCACUGAUGCAUCAGGCUCGAUGGUCGUGUACGCUCCGGUGGACAUCCCGGCGAUGCAGCUCGUCAUGAACGGCGGGGAUUCCACCUACGUUGCCCUGCUGCCGUCUGGGUUCGCCAUCCUGCCCGACGGCCCAAGCAGUGUCGGCGCCGAGCAUAAGACAGGUGGCUCGCUACUCACCGUUGCAUUCCAGAUACUCGUCAACAGCCAGCCGACCGCCAAGCUCACCGUGGAAUCAGUAGAAACCGUGAACAACCUUAUAUCCUGCACCAUCAAGAAGAUCAAGACAGCGCUGCAGUGCGACGCUUGA